AUGUUUGACAAAUACUUUGAGAUAGGAGUCAAUUCAUCCAAAUAUCACGGACCGGUAUCUUUCGGCUCAUCCAUUAAAAAUGCUAUUUUAAAAGCUAUUCUCGAAAGUGCCGAAACUAAUAAUCCAAACAUUGAGUCGGACUUCACUGAAAUGGUUUCUUCGUGUAAUGAUGUGAUCAGCGCUGAAGUGCCCAACAGUUUGAGAGAUAUCGCGAAGUCUAUCAAAGAUAAGCAAACAUUCAGACAAUUGUCAGAUGAGGAGGCGCUGCAAGUGUUAUAUAAGGGAACCGAUGAGUCGUCUCUUAAAUUCAAAGAAUUCCUUGAAAAACACGGUCACAGAGGGUAUCGAGAGUUUGAUCCGAUGUAUAAGACAUGGAAAGAGGAUCCCAUUCCUUUGGUCAGUGAACUCAAGACUCCACUCUCCUAUUGGAGGAGAUUAUUGAUUCAGAAACUACUGCUUCCGUGGUGUAGACGUGGGGUGGGGUAUAGGGAACUCUCCAAACACUUCUUGAUUUGGAUGAAUAAUAAAUACCGACAAGGCUUUAGAUUAUUAUCGAAACAAAUGGUCAAAGAAGGACUCCUUCCGACAGCCGAUUCAUUCUUCUACUUAACCACUAAUGAAGUGGAAGCGCUUUGUAAUGGAGACAGAGAUCCAUUAAUACUCGCGAGAGUUAGACACCGGAAAAGGCUUUACCCAAAAAUGGAUAAAUACAAGUUUGAGGAGUUUAUUAAAGGACCAGAAAUGAUACCAAGAAAUUUUGAAGAUCGAAUUAUUCCUCCAAAUCUGGGCACAGGUAUGGUUCAGAUGAAGGGAACUCCUGUUAGUAAUGGAUCCAUAAAAGCAAGAGUUUGUGUCUCUGAGGAUAUCACAGAAGCUGACAAUAUUCAG